AUGCAGAGGGCACAGCUGGCCCCUCCCCUGGUCCCUCCCCUGGCCCCUCCCCUGGCCCCUCCCCUGGCCCCUCCCCUGGCCCCUCCCCUGGCCCCUCCCCUGGCCCCUCCCCUGGUCCCUCCCCUGGCCCCUCCCCUGGCCCCUCCCCUGGCCCCUCCCCUGGCACCUCCCCUGGCCCCUCCCCUGGCCCCUCCCCUGGCCCCUCCCCUGGCACCUCCCCUGGCCCCUCCCCUGGCACCUCCCCUGGUCCCUCCCCUGGCCCCUCCCCUGGCCCCUCCCAUGGCCCCUCCCCUGGCCCCUCCCCUGGCACCUCCCCUGGCCCCUCCCCUGGCACCUCCCCUGGCCCCUCCCCUGGCCCCUCCCCUGGCAUCACCGACACAGACUCUGUAA